AUGACGGCUGGGAGCCCCGGAGACUGCGGGGAGGUGCGGAGGAGCCCCGAGGGCCGAGUCUCCCGCCUGGGACGCCGCCUGGGCCGGCGGCGGCGGCCGCGCUCCCCGCCGGAGCCUCUGCGGGUGCGGGCGCGGCUGAGGCUACGCUCGCCGUCGGGGGCGUUCGCGGCGCUGGGGGCGCUCGUGGUACUGGUGGGCAUGGGCAUCGCGGUGGCCGGCUACUGGCCACACCGCGCCGGGGCCCCGGGCCCCCGGGCGGCCAAUGCCAGCUCUCCCCCCAUGAGCGAGCUGCGACGCGAGGGUCGCGGCGCGGGCCGCUCCCACGGCCCGCACGAGCGGCUGCGGCUCCUUGGACCGGUGAUCAUGGGCGUCGGCCUGUUUGUGUUCAUCUGCGCCAACACGCUGCUGUAUGAGAACCGAGACUUGGAGACGCGACGGCUGCGCCAGGGCGUGCUGCGGGCCCAGGCGCUGCGCCCCCCCGACGGCCCCAGCUGGGACUGCGCUCUCCUUCCCAGCCCCGGCCCCAGGACUCCCCUUGCCAUUGGCUGCGGAGAGCCGGAAAGUUGGGACCUGUCCCCGCGUCGGGGUACCUCACCCGUCCCUUCAGUGCGGAGCCUGCGUUCAGAACCUGCUAAUCCUCGCUUGGGGUUACCUGCCCUGCUCAACAGCUACCCGCUUAAGGGCCAGGGGCUGCCUCCACCCUGGGGUCCGCGGACCCAGACUGGCCACGUGAUCAUCACCGUGCAGCCCUCUGGUUGCAUUGAACAUUCCAAGUCUCUGGAUCUGGGCCUUGGGGAGCUCCUCCUUGGGGCCCCAGCAGCUCGGGACUGUGCUCACCGAAGCUGGCCACGGCUGGACCGCCUCAGUCUGGGGGGGUAUGCCAAAUUGGGAGGAGGAGGGGACUUGAAAGCCCGGGUCUGAAGAGUGCGAAGGGGACAGUCUGCAAUGAGGCUGCAGCAUGGACCAUGGUAUCAGGACCA